UUCUGACGCCUGCGCAGUAGCACUCCCAGCAUCACUUCAUUUAAAACUGACCCUAACACCGCAUCUUACACGCCCCAAAACAUCCAGACAACUUUAAAAAUAAGUUGUUCGUGUCAUAUUUUAUCCCAGUAAACAAAGCAUCGGAGAUGUCGUCGUCCAAUCUGCAGGCUUACUGCUUCACGGAACUCCAUCAUGAGCAUGUUCAGAAAGUGGACCAAUACCUGAUCCACCUCCAGCUGUCUGAUGCAAACCUGAUGGACGUGUCGCUGCGGUUCAGGCGGGAGAUGGACAAGGGCCUGGGCCGGGACACCAACCCAACCGCCGCCCUUAAGAUGCUGCCAACAUUUGUACGAUCCACCCCUGACGGCACUGAAAAGGGCCACUUCUUGGCUCUUGACCUUGGCGGGACCCACUUUCGUGUGCUCUUGGUGAAGGUGUCCUGCAAUGGCCAGCAGAAUGUGGAGAUGGAGUCACAAAUCUAUGCCAUUCCAGAGGAAAUCAUGAGGGGCACUGGCUCUGAGCUAUUUGACCACAUUGCUGAUUGUCUGGCCAAUUUCCUGGACAAAUUGGGCAUAAAAGAGAAAAAGCUUCCCCUCGGCUUCUGCUUCUCAUUCCCCUGCCAGCAGACGAAGCUGGACGAGAGUAUUCUGGUCUCCUGGACAAAGGGCUUCACGGCGAGUGGCGUAGUAGGAAACGACGUGGUUGCCAUGCUGAGGAGAGCCAUCCAGAAGAGAGGGGACUUUGAUAUUGACAUUGUUGCUGUGAUCAAUGACACGGUGGGCACAAUGAUGACCUGUGGCUACGAAGACCAUCACUGCGAGAUUGGCCUGAUUGUCGGCACGGGCACCAACGCCUGCUACAUGGAGGAGGUGCGGAACAUGGAGCUGGUGGAGGAGGACGAGGGCCGCAUGUGCGUCAACAUGGAGUGGGGGGCGUUCGGGGACGACGGGGCGCUGGACGACCUGCGCACCGUGUUCGACCGCGAGAUUGAUGCAGGCUCCCUGAACCCCGGAGGGCAGCUCUUUGAGAAGAUGAUCAGUGGCUUCUACAUGGGCGAGUUGGUUCGCCUCAUCCUGGUGAAGAUGGCCAAAGAGCAGAUGAUCUUCCAGGGUCAGGUGACCCCCGGCCUGCUGACCAGGGGCAGCUUCAACACCGGCCACGUCUCUGCCAUCGAAGACGACAGGGACAACGCCGGUCUGCUGGCCGCCGAGACGCUCCUGCGGGGGCUGGGGCUGAGCCCGUCCACGGAGGACUGCGUGGCCACCCAGCGGGUGUGUCAGGUGGUGUCCACCCGCUCCGCCCACCUCUGCGCCGCCUCGCUGGUGUCGGUCCUGCGGCAGAUCCGCGACAACAAGGCCGCUGAGAAGCUCCGCACCACCAUCGGCGUGGACGGCUCCGUCUACAAGAACCACCCCCAGUUCGCCCGCAAGCUCCACAAGAUGGUGCGGCGGCUGGCGCCCGACUGCGACGUGCGCUUCCUGAGCUCGGGGGACGGCAGCGGCAAGGGCGCGGCCAUGGUGACGGCGGUGGCGUACCGGCUGGCCAUGCAGCACGCCGAGCGCCAGCGCAUCCUGGAGCCCCUGCGGCUGGGCCGGGAGCAGCUGCUGGAGGUGAAGAGGAGGCUGGAGGAGGCCAUGGAGCAGGGCCUGGCCAAGGAGACCCACCAGCAGGCCUGCCUCAAGAUGCUGCCCACCUAUGUCCGGGCCACGCCCGAUGGCACAGAACACGGUGACUUCCUGGCUCUUGACCUUGGGGGGACGAACUUCCGAGUGCUCCUGGUGCGCGUACGGAGUGGGAAGAAGCGCAGCGUGGAGAUGCACAACAAGAUCUACAGCAUCCCGCAGGAGACCAUGCAGGGCACCGGGGAGGAGCUCUUCGACCAUAUCGUCCAGUGCAUUGCAGACUUCUUGGAGUACAUGGGAAUGAAAGGGGCUGUCCUUCCCCUGGGCUUCACCUUCUCCUUCCCCUGUCAACAAAGACAACUGGACCAGGGAAUCCUUCUGAGAUGGACAAAGGGAUUCAAGGCGACGGGCUGUGAGGGGGAGGACGUGGUCACCCUGCUGAAAGACGCCAUUCGACGUAAAGAGAAGUUUGACCUGGACGUGGUGGCGCUGGUCAACGACACCGUUGGCACCAUGAUGACCUGCGGCUACGAGGACCCCCUGUGUGAGGUGGGCCUCAUCGUAGGCACGGGCACCAACGCCUGCUACAUGGAGGAGGUGCGGAACGUGGAGCUGGUGGAGGGGGACGAGGGCCGCAUGUGCGUCAACAUGGAGUGGGGGGCGUUCGGGGACGGCGGGGAGCUGGACGAACUGUGCGCCGAGUUCGACCGCGUCGUGGACGAGAGCUCCAACAACCCUGGGAAACAAAGGUAUGAGAAGAUGAUCAGUGGCAUGUACCUGGGUGAGAUUGUGCGGAACGUGCUGCUGGAGUUCACCGCCAAGGGCCUGCUGUUCUGCGGCAAGCCUACUGAGAGGCUGAAGACACGGGGCAUCUUCGAGACCAAGUUCCUGUCCCAGAUCGAGAGUGACCGGCUGGCCCUGCGGCAGGUGCGCUCCAUCCUGCAGCACCUGGGCCUGACCCGCUCCACCUGCGACGACAGCAUCCUGGUGAAGGAGGUGUGCAGUGUGGUGUCCCGGCGGGCCGCCCAGCUCUGUGGCGCCGGCCUGGCCGCCGUGGUCGACAAGGUGCGGCGCAACCGCGGCCUGGGGCACCUGCGCAUCACGGUGGGAGUGGACGGCACGCUGUACAAACUGCACCCCCAUUUCUCUGGGAUCCUGCGAGAGACGGUGCUGGACCUGGCUCCCGGCUGCGAGGUGAGCUUCCUGCAGUCGGAGGACGGCAGCGGGAAAGGCGCAGCGCUGAUUACAGCCGUCGCCUGCAGAAUGAGGGACGCCGCAAAGCACUGAACACCAACCCCCUGCCCACCCCCCCCUCCCCCCCAGGGUAGACGCAGAGAGAACAGCUCUGCGGAACAGUUAUAUUUAGUACGGACGUGGUUCAUCUCAAACCGUGUGUGUCUGGUCUGUAUGUACGGAUCUAACCUAACCAUGCGAGAAACCACUCGCAGGACAUUGGAUGCGAGUAACCAAAUGUGUAAGAUUAAAAGAUGAGAGCUCCCAUCCGUGGGGCGAGGCAAAGACCCAAGAUUUAAUGCUACAAGGCGGUUUUGGAACCGCCGUCCAAACCCUGCCUCGCCAGAUAGAACUGGAUUUAGAGGACUUAACGCUAGAAGGGAAAAUCUGUCAGAAUAUCACCAAAGGGAAAUAUAACUAACAGUAUGAUAUACAAUAUGUUAUGCAUCCCAAAUAUAUACAAUUUCUGUAAUGAAUAGGUUUCACAAAUUGUACAAGGCCUUACAGAGGCCUAACUUAAAUAGAGUAAUGCCUUUUGUGUCUGAGACCCACGCAGAGUUCGGCUAGAUAACAACAGCUUGAUUUGAUAUUAUUCUUUCGUUCCUCUGAUGUUGUCAAAUGGAACAGUUUAUUUCAUAGUUGCCAUCCCUAUUAUAUUCUACCUUAUCAACUGAGGUAGCCUAACCCGUCAAACUCAAAUGUAAAACACUCUUAGAACUAUAACAGAUACGAUCAGAACUAUAGGUCACUCUCGGCAACUUAUCAGGCUUAGCAACUUUAGCCUAUAUUUUGCUCAAGUGAGAACUGUUCUGUCUUGAGCAAAAUAUAGGCUAAAGUUGGCUAAAGUUACAUGAGACUUGAGAGCAGGGCUCUCAAGUCUCACACAUUCGGCGUGAGACAAACGCAAUUCAACCCAUGCACACGCUCACACUCCACACUUCGUAUUUAUCACGCAGAGAAUAUACCAGGAUAGCGGCCACCAAUUUGGGCCACUAUUUAACAGUGGAACAGGUGGGAAUCAAAUGGGUUUCCCGUACGUAGGGUAACCAGACGUCCUCUUUUGCCCUCGCCCCCCACAAAAUCUCACUCUGAACUCAGUUAAAAACUUGAGAGCCCUGCUCAUAGCCAAUCAAAGCCUGUUGGUAGCAGGGCAAAUACAUCCUUCUUGGUAAUGAAAGAGUUCAACACCGAAAGUUUAUAUGUUUUCCAAAAUAAACAUGCGUUCUAAACUACUUAGAACACUAUCUAAGGCUGCAUCGAAAGGUAACGCGUCGGCUGCCAUUUUGGACCCGUAAACGACAAGCUUAGGUAUGUGGCAUAGACGUCGUCAUCGUCUUGCCGUCCCUCCCCGUUCUGUGAUUGGUUCCCUAUCUCCAGCGAAAAUCUGAUCCAUGGAAUCCAGGCUGCCUUGCAGCGCGAAAUGAAAUUGCGCGCAAGGCAGCAUGGGUAUACCCAGGCUAAAGCCUGAUAGAUUGCCCAGAGUGACCUAUAGUUCUGAUCGUAUCUGAUGUGUGUGGGAUCUGUGACUUGAUACACAGAUACAUCUUCCACAAUUAAGAAAAAGCUUGAGAUUUUCCCGGCUCUUUAUUGAAGGUCUAAGUUUUGCUUUGUGUUCGCGAAAUGAAAAUAUUUAGUCAAGCAAAUAAAUGUAAAAAUUAAAUAAAUGAAAAGACUAUACAAGGUCUCCGCAUGGGGUCGACCUUCGCAUGUGUGCACCGUGAAAGCGCUGGAAGUCGUAUUCCCACUUUGUUUGUGUAUGUGUGUUAGAAAUACUUGAGUCAUUUGUGGUUUGGUUGAAGACAAAAAAUUCUGCAUGGAAUGUGACCCCAGAUGAGCGGUUAUAAAAGAAUAAGGAAUAUGAAGUACAUUCUGCACCGUACAACCAAGGAGGCUAUGAUUUUUAACUCGGUAUUGAUGACGGGGGAUGGGUUUGUUUUGUUUGGGAUUUUAACCCUGAAAUGUCAGCUUUUCAAAUGGGUUUUCCCCAAAGACGAUAAACCCAUUUAUCUCUGUAUUCAUAGUCAUUUAAAUGUCUGUCUUUUUUGGUCGAUUGUGGCCACAGCUCCGCUUAACCCCGAUAGGUGUGUAUGAAAAGUUUAAAAACAGCCAACCAAAGGGCUGCUUUUUGGACAGUUUUAUAUAUUGCAGCAAAAAGGAGAAUAAGGAAAGAAACCCAUGUAGAUGUGACCAACGUUUACUUUUUUUCUGUUGUGUUGGUCUUCACUGGAUUUGCAAAUUGAUUUGGCUUGGUAUCAUUAAUAUGAUACCAAGAUUUAACUGAUAUUCUGUGGUAUCAUUGAUAAUACUUUAAUGAUUGUUAAUUAUUUAAUGCUUUAAUUAUUGUGCUUUUCACAGUUUAUAAAAUGAGGUUAAGUACCACC